AUGUACAUAUACACUGCCACCACCACUAUCAUUAUCAGCUUUGCUACCCGCCGUCAAUAUUCCAUUACGGGCCCGCCUACGCUCACUCGCACUUGUAAUAACGAGACUGACAAAGAAGCCAGGUUCGCCGCGAAAGAAGCCACGUUCAAGGCGCAUCCUUUCAGAAGGCUCUCCUUCCACGACAUCACCAUCGUCAGGCGGGCGCUCGUAGAAGGGAAGGCGAACCCCAACGGCAGCGGGCCGCCCGUGGCCAUCAUCCGGGGCGAGCGGGAGGGCGAGCCGGGGCAGACGGCCAUGGUCUCGAUCAGCCACGACGGGGACUACGCCACGGCCGUCUGUCUCGGGUUCGAGCCGGAGACGAGAGAUGGCAAACGAGCUCCCGGGGACGAGGACGAGGGGGUGGACUAG